UUUGAAGAACUCGUGCGACAAAAUUUGGAUACUUCUCACACCAAUUUUCUUAAUAAAUAAUAAUUAUGAAUGCAAUAAUUAUUUUCAUCUUUUUUGGUUUGGCAGCGUUACUAACCAACGUAAAAUGUCAAAACUUUAACGACGUAAGCAAACCUGAAUUGAAAAGAUGCGUUGAAGUGAUGAAGCCAUUUUUACAAACCCGGAGACGUGGAAAAACAUUUUGCAAAUUAUUAGACGCUUGUUAUCAAUCAUACUUAAGUUAUAGUGAUCAUCCCAAUAAAAAAACUGUGGAAAUUCGUAAAUGUGUAACUGACGCAUGUUUUACCAUGAAGUCUGAUGAGCAAGAGUUUCCAGCAAGUUUGAGCAAGUUUGAUGCAUUUUGUGAGAACUUGGUAUCCGGUGAAAUGGGUUUCGCGAGACCGAAUUUUCUUCCUUAA